AUGGAAGUUUUUUUGGGCUUGAUAUUUCUAACCGGACAUAUAUCUGCUCCGACCACCUCCCAUUAUUGGCAAACAAAUGAUUUGUACAAUUUUAAUGUUUUUAGAAAUGCAAUGAGUAGAGAUAGAUUUUUAUUAAUAUUGCGAUGUUUAUACUUCGCCGAAAACCCGCCUACUGGAGGCCCGAAACCUGACGACCCCCUAUAUAAAAUUACAACAUUGUUUGAUCUAUUUCAUAAUAGAAUGAAAGAAGUAUACUAUCCUACUAAAGAAUUGAGUCUAGAUGAAUCUAUGCUUCUUUGGCGUGGACGGCUCUAUUUCCGCCAAUACAUUCAGAAUAAAAAACACAAAUUCGGCAUAAAAUUUUAUGUGCUCACACAACCGGAUGGCUUUGUCCUAAAUACAAGGAUUUAUUGUGGAUCAAGUGAUCYAAUUGUGGGUGGUAAGGGCCAUGUCGAUAAAGUCGUAAAAUACUUGCUUGACGACUAUUAUGGAGUGGGAUAUUCGGUGUAUAUGGAUAACUUUUAUAACUCCAUUGAACUUACCGAAUAUUUAUUAGAUAAAAAUACAUAUGUAACAGGGACUCUUCGAGGAAAUAUAAAAGGCAACCCGUCAGAUGUGGUCAGUAAAAAGCUGAAAAAAGGAGAGUUGACAUCGGCAUUUAACAGUAAGGGGAUCUGUGUUAUGAAAUGGCACGAUAAAAGAGAUGUGAUUAUGAUAUCGUCAGAGUUUGGGGAUACUAUGAAUGAAUACAGGGCAAGAAGUGGCAAGGUAUCAAAAAAGCCGGAAUCUGUACAAAAAUAUAAUGAAUUUAUGGUGUGGACCGUAGUGACCAACUCAUGA